AUGCUGCGGAAAAUUCCUUUCGGGACGUUUAUCUUCUUCGGACUUCUGACGUUUGGAGGUGGAGCGUUCAUUUGGCCGUCCGCGCCCGAGAAAAAGAGAUUGACACUGGAGGAAACGGACGUGCUGUUUGGCAGUAAAAGGAUUGCUGAAGCUGACUCCCGUCGCAUGGCAGACGUCAACAAAGAGAUCGGUCUCGAAGACGUCUUGCGGGGUAUGGGUAUGGGCAUGGGUCGAACGGACGCAGGCGGCGAAGUGUCGAGCUCCGACGAGGAUGAGAAGAAAGCAAGAAAUUGA